CUUGUCAAUGUUAUUGUUGGAUGUGUGACACACAUCUUUUAGGUGGCAGCGACUGCAAACACAGCGGAAAAUUCAUUAAUUGGAACGAAAUUACGCAAAGACAGCGAUGAGAUUAAUUUUGUUUACAUUGACCGUCCUUUUGGCGGCAUGUAAUGGACGUAAACAUCAUCUGGAAGUGCGGGACGAUACGCGGCCGUAUAUUGCGCUGAGUACGUUCGGGUUCUACCAGGGCGGCAUAUUGGAUGUGAAACUCAGCAGUUUUCAGGUGCAACCUGGGCAGGAGAACAAAGUGUUCGGAUUAUCCCUGGACAGAACACUUUCCGAUGCCAUGAAUCCGUAUCUCGACUCGCACCAGGACAAGUGCAUCCUGGAAGAGCCGGUCGGGCAGCAGACCAGCGGCCCAAUCGUGUUCUUCCUGAUGGAUCUCAAAAAUAAGACAGUGCACGUAAAUUGCUCCGCUGACUGGAAUAUACGUAUAUUCAAAAAUCGAACAAGUAUAUCGGCGAUUCGCGCCAAACGGCACUCCUUCGCCGAAGUGAGUGACUCAGCCUUCAUCAUGCAACGCAGGCGUAAACGCGACACGAUUCCGACCGAUGGACACAAGGAUAGCGUCGAAAACCAAGCAUGCAACAAACUGGAGCUGCCUAUGACCGUGGAAAAGAAAGACAAGUUCAACUACUACAGCAUGAACUUUGCCAUGUACGUCGCCAUGAAAGCGGACGAAGGGCUCUAUAAUUUGUACUUCCACGCGUGUCCAAACUAUCAGACAAUGCCACUGAGCUUAUCGUUCAAUGUUGAUAUCGAGGAAAACAACAGUGGCAACUUCUUGUCGGCCGGAGAAAUGCCCUUGCCAGCGCUCUAUUUCAUGAUGUCACUACUUUUCUUCUUGUCGGGGUUGUUUUGGGUGUUUAUUUUGAAGAAGAGCAGACAUGUCGUCUUCAAAAUUCACUACAUCAUGGCUGUGCUGGUGUUCCUCAAAUCGCUGUCGUUGAUGUUCCACGCGAUCAACUACCACUUCAUCGAGACCAUCGGCGAGCACGUGGAGGCGUGGGCAAUCCUCUAUUACAUCACACAUUUGUUGAAGGGAGCUGUCCUGUUUAUCACUAUUGUCCUCAUUGGAACUGGCUGGACGUUCAUCAAACAUAUUCUCGCUGACAAAGACAAGAAACUGUUCAUGAUUGUGAUACCACUCCAGGUUUUAGCCAACGUAGCCGAAAUCAUCAUCGCCGAGAGCGAAGAAGGUGACGCCGAACAUCGGACCUGGCGAUAUAUUUUCAUAUUUGUCGAUUUGCUAUGCUGCGGCGCCAUCCUAUUCCCCGUUGUAUGGUCUAUCCGGCAUUUGGACGAUGCAUCCGCCACUGACGGCAAAGCUGCCAUAAAUCUCCGGAAGCUAAAAUUAUUCCGUCAGUUCUACAUCAUGAUCGUCUGCUACAUCUACUUCACACGUAUCAUCGUGUACUUGCUGAAGAUAACCGUUGCCUUCCAGUACGUGUGGCUUGACGAGAUGUUCCGCGAAAUGGCAACCUACGUAUUUUUCGUUUUGACCGGAUACAAGUUCCGCCCCGCUUCGGCGCAUCCGUACUUCACUGUCGAGAACGAGAGUGACGAGGACGAAGUCGAAGUGCUGACAGAGUCCGGCCUGACGGAGGGACUUCACAAAACCAAAGUAUUGAACCGCACAGCCCCGCCAGCCACUAUUGUGGAGGCGAAUGAAGAAGAGCGAGAGAAUCUGAUAAGUAAGCGAGAGUCUAGUCAUGAGUAUGAUUAAAGUUGUGUUGGAACGACUGACCCUGUAUCUAGCAUCUGGUAUUGGUUAUCAACUAGGCGCUGUGUUAUUGUAUAGAUUUUUAGUUCAUACGAAUUCCCUUUGUUUUUCCUUUCGAUCCGACCGAGACUAAAUCCCGAACCACAUUUCCCAGCCGUCCCAACUCCCAAACAUAUUCGAACACAAACCACAGACUGAACUCCCCGACAACAAAGGAAACAAGUUGCUUACUCCCUUUUCCCCUCACACCAAAAACCCAUAGUCUCGGCCCCAUCGGAAGCGACAAAGUAUCCUUUUUAUAUUUUAAAUUACAAAAGAAAAAUGUGCUAUAAAAACAAACCACGAAUGAAUAUUUUGUUACGAUUACGACUUUAUUGUAGAGUUGGAGGACGAUAUUUUUCGAGAAAGUUAGACGAGACGUAAACAUAUUUAUUCCUUGUACGAGUUUGGGCUUAGUCAUAAUGUUAUUCUUCAUUUUUCAAAUAAUAUCCACAAGUAAUACGCAUUAUCAAUCAUUACGUAAUAUUAGUGACACAUGGAACCAAUAAAGUAAACUCUAAAGAUUUACGUACCUGCAGCGCGUGCAGGAGACGGAGAGGACCGAAAUCGAUCUGCUCAAGUUUAGUGCAACUUAUCCAAUUAUACGCAAUUUUUUCCAAGAUGAGUGAAAACCUUUUGUAACCCUUUUUCGGUAGGUUUCAUUGAACGCGACGAAAUCUAGUUCUGAAGAAGAGUCAUUCACCUGAACGCAUUCAUUUUAAGGCAGCUCACUGUCGGUUUUAUUAUUAGAGCAAUAUUUUCUUUGAGGGCUACUUUCCAGUAUGAUCACUUUUGUCUUUAUUAAAGCGAAUGUAAUAUUCCAAAUUUGUAUACUUAUUCGUACUGUAUUAUUGAAACAUUUUUGUAGUAAGUAAUAUUUCUUAAAUAUAUAGAUAUGGAUCUAA